AUGUUUCUCAUAAAGGCACACCCCCAAACCUUGCCCGUCACCACCACUACCACCACCAGCUCAGUGUUCGUGAUUCUUAUGAGCGUCCUGUGCUUGGUGAGCUUUUAUCAUUCCACUCUUAUCACAGCCGAACCACUCUCUUCUGCGGCAAUUAACGCUGAUGAAUCAUUUGAUAUAUUUGUUUUUGCGUUGACUUGGCCAGGAAGUGCAUGUUAUUCACUUUCCCCAUGUUCCAUUCCUCAAGGAAUUUCUGACUUUACAAUUCAUGGCUUAUGGCCAAACAAACUGGUAGGAAAAUUAGGUCCUUUUUAUUGCAAUGCUCCUCGAUUUAAUUAUUCUCUCAUUCAAGACAUGAAACCUGAGUUGGAUUACUAUUGGACUGAUUACAAAAAUGCUGCUCCUGGAUUAUGGCAACACGAGUAUGAAAAACAUGGUUCAUGUGCCUAUCAAUUAUCUCAAUUUUCAUCGAAUGGCGUUCGAGAUUAUUUCAAAAAUUCAAUUAAUCUACGAAAGAAUAUGAAGGAUAUUGUGAAAUCAUUACAAAAAUAUUCAAUUACACCUUCAAAUACUACUGUUUAUAGUAUUUCUAAAUUGAAAGAUGCAUUUAAGAAUUCUGGAUUUGGUCAACCAGCUGUGGUUUGUUUUAAUUCCACAAUUUUAUCAGAAGUGAGAUUUUGCACGGAUAAGAAUUUGACAUUUAUUGAUUGCCCACCACAAGUUGGAGAUUCAUGUUCUGCUAAGGAUGGAAGUCAGAACAUUCAAGUCGUUUUUACUCAACUGUCAACUGUCACAGCAGAACCAAACCUUACUUUGGUUGGUGUUUUAAUUGGACUACUUUGUGGUUUUGUCAUUUUGAGUGUGGUUUUCUUCUUUUGUACGCUACUAAUCAAAAUAUUAUUCAAUAACAAGAGGAAAAACACCUAUCACAAUUUCUAA